CAUGCGAUUGUUUACAUUCAAUCAUGCCGAAAACUAGUAUGGCACGAAGUAAUGCUAAGUGGGAUGAUGAUGCCAACAUUAAAUUUAUAGAUUUGUGUGAAAAUGAGAUUAGACAAGGACGUAGACCACACACUCAUUUAAAUAGAGAUGGAUGGAAUAAUGUUGUUGAAGAGUUCAAUAAAGACACGGGAAGAAACUAUGAUAAAAAACAAAUGAAAAAUCAUUGGGCUAACAUGAAAAAAGAUUGGAUUCUUUUUAAGAAGUUGAUGAGAGGGGAGACAGGUUUAGGAUGGGAUGCCACGAAAAAUACAAUUAUGGCAGAUGAUGAUUGGUGGGAGCAAAAAAUUAAGGAGGAUGAUCGAUACAAUAAGUUCAGGAAAAUAGAUCUUUCGCUUAUGUGGUAUCGCUAUGAUGCGUUGUUUUCUGAUAUUGUUGCUACUGGAGAAAGAGCACGUACAGCGAAUCAAGAACAAAUGUCUGGCAUUGGAGUAGAUCUUGACGAAGAAGGAAUAAAUGAUAUUGGUGGCUAUGACAAAGAACACUUUAUCAAUCCUAAUGAUGAAGCGAAUAAUGAAAAUGAUGAUAUACAGAAUGUGGAUUCUAUUAUGUUUCCUAAGUCGUCACUAAAAAGACGAGGUUUAAUUGAUGGUAUUGGCACUAACACUCAAGUAAAAAAAAAAAAAAAAAAAAAAAACAAGGCAAAAUCUGGUGCGGCAUCAGUGAGAGAGGAUAUACACUCUCUAGUGGAUUUUAUGUCUAGCAAAAGCACUGCUACAUCUCCUUCAAUAGAUGAUCCCGUCAUCGAUAAAUGUAUGAAUGUGUUGGCAAAUUUUUCUAAUAUUCCUGCUGGGAGUGGAAAGUACAACUAUGUUUACAACAUGUUUCUUAAGAAGGACGUACGUCAACUGUUUCUUAAGAUGGAAACUGAUGAAGCUCAGAAGUCUUGGUUGGAGUAUAACUCUCAGUUAUACCUUGAGAAAAUUGGCUGAUUGUGUUGCUAUGGUUAAAUGUUUUUAUUGUUUAAUGUUCGAACAUUAUGGUUGUACGUGUAAACUUUAUUUAUUGCUUCUUGUUUAGACGUUGCGGUUGUAUCCCUAAAUCUUAUGGUUGUAAGUGUAAACUUUAUGUAUUGUUGAUGUUGUGUUGACGUUGUGGUUGUAUCCUUAAACCUUAUGGUUAUUGUUGUUGUGUUGACUUUAAUGAAUGUGGGAACUUUAUGUAUUAUUGUGGUUAUUG